UUGGCCUGCUUUGCCUAGGGCAACCAGGGGAUAGCCAGAAACGAUGGCGACCUUCUGUAGGGCAUAUCAAUGGCUAAAGAAGCCGGUAUUUCAAAGCACACAUGUCCGCAGGGCAGUUAUAGGAAACAGAAAAUUCCAUACAUCACAUCUCAAGGAUCAGAAGCUAGCAGGAUCUUACGAGGUUGUUGACCACACAUUCGAUGCAGUUGUCGUUGGAGCUGGUGGAGCAGGCCUGAGGGCUGCCUCUGGUUUGGUUGAGGCUGGCUUCAAAACAGCAUGUAUAACAAAGUUGUUUCCUACACGGUCGCACACUGUUGCUGCACAGGGGGGCAUCAAUGCAGCACUUGGCAACAUCGAAGCGGAUGAUUGGAGGUGGCACAUGUAUGACACAGUGAAGGGCUCUGACUGGCUAGGAGACCAAGAUGCUAUCCACUACAUGACAAAGGAGGCUCCCUAUGCUGUUCGGGAGUUGGAAAACUAUGGGAUGCCAUUCAGCCGAACGCAAGAUGGGAAGAUUUACCAGAGAGCGUUUGGUGGACAAUCUUAUAAUUUUGGCAAAGGCGGCAUCGCUCACCGCUGCUGUGCCGUAGCGGACCGUACGGGCCACUCACUGCUGCACACACUUUAUGGACAGUCACUGAGUUUCGAUUGCAACUUUUUUGUGGAAUUCUUCGCAAUGGACUUGAUAAUGGAGAAUAAUGAGUGCCGUGGCGUGGUGGCCUUGAACAUGGAGGAUGGAACGAUACACCGCUUCCGAGCCAAGAACACGGUUCUUGCAACUGGUGGCUAUGGACGAUCCUUUUUCUCCUGCACCUCUGCACACACGUGCACAGGUGAUGGAAACGCCAUGGUGACGCGAGCGGGGCUUCCCCUGCAGGACAUGGAAUUUAUCCAGUUCCAUCCAACUGGCAUCUAUGGAGCUGGUUGCCUCAUCACAGAAGGUUGCCGAGGCGAAGGUGGUUUCCUCAUUAAUAGUGAGGGUGAGCGAUUUAUGGAGCGAUACGCUCCCGUAGCGAAAGAUCUGGCCUCUCGAGAUGUCGUUUCUCGUGCCAUGACUAUUGAGAUGCGUGAAGGACGGGGAUGUGGUCCUGAGAAGGACUACGUGCACCUGCAGCUGCAUCACCUUCCUCCUGAGCAACUGGCAACCCGUCUACCCGGUAUUUCUGAAACCGCCAUGAUCUUUGCUGGAGUAGAUGUUACUCGUGAGCCUAUUCCUGUAUUGCCAACUGUUCACUACAAUAUGGGCGGCAUUCCCACCAACUACAGGGGCCAGGUUCUGACACACGGUGAGAAAGUGGUGCCCGGCCUGUACGCAGCAGGUGAGGCAGCCAGCGCUUCGGUGCAUGGUGCCAACCGCCUUGGUGCAAACUCACUACUCGACAUCGUCGUUUUUGGCCGUGCCUGCGCACACACAAUCUCCAAGACAAGUCGUCCUGGUGACAAGGUCCCGGACGUUCGCAGUGAUGCUGGAGAGCAAUCUGUGGCAAACCUGGACAGAUUGAGGAAUGCCAAUGGAUCUCUACCUGUUGCUCAGAUAAGGCUCACCAUGCAGAAGACAAUGCAGACACAUGCAGCUGUGUUCCGAACCGGUGAAAGCCUUCAGGAAGGGUGCAAGAAAAUGGAUGCAAUCUACAAUGACAUGAAGGAUGUCAAGGUGAGCGACAGAGGCAUGAUCUGGAACACUGACCUCGUAGAGGGCCUAGAGCUUCAAAACUUGCUCCUGUGUUCUCAACAAGCCAUCUACGCAGCAGAAGCACGCAAAGAGAGCCGAGGAGCACAUGCUCGGGAAGACUUCAAGGACCGUGUUGACGAACUUGACUACAGCAAACCCUUGGACGGUCAGCAGAAACGACCCAUCGAGCAACACUGGCGGAAGCACACACUUUCUGACAUGGAUAUAGCUUCUGGAAAGGUGACACUCAGGUACCGUCCAGUUAUAGAUGACACUCUCGACCAGAAAGAAUGCAAGAUGGUCCCUCCUGCUGUCAGAGUCUACUGAUUUCGCACAAGCUUGAAGGUAGGCUACAGAAACAGAAGCAUAGCUGUGAACCCGAGUGAAAGGGAUUUUUAGAGCAGUCUGUGUCACGUGUACAUAGAUCUACCCAUUGUUCUUGUUUCCAAACUUUUUUUUUUUUUUCUGAAAGCACGAGAAACUAAUAAAAGUGCCUGUCUGUUGCAUAAAGCAA